GCAAAAAUGACCACUGGGAACAGUGACUGGGCUCCUCGACGUCUUCGAGGAAGUGCGAAGCGAUGCGCGAAUGAAAUGACCGCGGGUCUUCACGGCGGCGCAGAGCUACAGGGCAGUGCGAGCUCCUCCAACUCCAAUAUGUUAGUGGACGUGGUUCGUCCAGGCGGAGGAGCCAGCAGCGGUGAUGAGCUGCUAGCACACAUACAGACUGACAAUGAGGAAUGCGCGACGUCGUUCACUUGGAUGCUAAGUGUAACGUGGACGCAGCUACCGCACUUGAGCCGAUUUGGUCAACAUCGUGGCUCUGAUCAACCACGACAGUGUCUCCCGAAAAGACAGUCAUUUUAUCUUGCCCCUCGUCCUGCUGGAGGGCUUGAUCCCCCGUCCACGUUUUUUCAGCAAAAUAAUCUUGCUCGAGGCCUGCUCAACAACCUCUUCUGGUGGAAAAAACCACAGGCCGGAGGCAAAAAGUCACCUUCGUUACAACAACCUCAAGAACCCUCAAAGCCUUCGCUUCUUCAGCAGGUUAAGGAUGCGGCAGCUGAGAUUUGUAACAAUUUGAACGAUAAACGCCAUCCCUUGGGACAAUAUUGCGACGUCAACGAUGACAAAUUUCCUAGGAUAGUGUCAGCGGAUGAGCAUCAGAUUGGGACCGGGUUAGCUGCGGCCACGAUGCGCGGGGGUAUUCUGGGUUCUGGAAGCUUUGGAGCAGUUUUUGACUCGGGCCCUUGUGCUUCAAUGGAUGAGCGUGCGAUGUUUUCUGACUCUGAUUGCGCUGUAAAAAUGAUUAGACCCUCCAACAAGUGGG